UUCGAGUCUCCGGUCGUUUGAAUCCCAACUUUGAAUAAAAUGAAAUUGGCGUUUUUCAAGUCCAACAAAAUAGUCUGAAAUUCUCAUAAAUUUUGCAUGAAAAAUCACGAGAAUUGAAUGCAAGCGUGUAAAGCCGGUCAUUCCUGCGAUAUAUUCCAUACCCCCAAUAGAUAAAACUUUAUCAUCCACAUAAUCGGGAUUACAGUUAACUUCCGCUCGAGUCUCUCCGAUUGGUGUCUGUCCGCCAUCUUUUUAGGGCACAAAGAGUAGGAGAGAGAGAGGAGGGGUGGGUAGAUCUAAAAAAAAAAAGACGAGUGCCCGUGCCACCGCACGUUCGUGGGUGUUGUACGAAUAGAUCUGAUUCUACACCACAUAUUCGUCAUCAGCCAAUAGUGAGACGAGUUAUUGCAUCGACGAAUUGUUUAAUCCAUCAUUAAUUGGUGAUUCGUGUGACGGUGAAUUCAGUGUAUCGUGAAGUUGUCAGAGGUGAACAGAUCAAUCGAAUUAAUCCCUGGGGAUCGUAUGACGAGCCCACAAAAGAUAAUUACGAUAUGAGCAUUGAGAAAUUGUUGAAAUUCAAUGACUAAUUAAGACUAGACAUUGGUUUGGUCUCUAGUGACAUAAAUAUAUCAUUUUUAGUCAUUUUCUGAGAGAACGACAGUCAGCAUUGCAGCCAGAGGUACAGGGACAGUGUCAAAAAGUGCUCUGAGAGUGAAGAAAGCCUUGAAAUAUCGGUUAAAUUUGGGGAAAAAAAGUGUUCUGGUCUGGUUACAUCGUGAUUCGUCAUAUAGAGAGAGAGUGACCCGGUAGAUACUCGGCGCACGAGUUGACUCUCGUCGGUCUGCUUCGAUUUUCUCCGUUGCGCGACGAUGAGUUGCCCAAGAAACGCUGGCAAGAUCACGGUGCCCGACGAUCUCAGGGACAUACUACUUGAGUUUACCAUUAGUUACCUACUUGAACAGCCCGGGGACAUUGUUGACUAUGCCGUUGAUUUCUUCACUCGUUUGCGGGAAAAUAGACAGACAAUGCUGAUUCAGCCUAAUGCUACUUGCUCGUCGACCCCCGACGAGUCGGUCGACGAAGAGCCACCAGUCGGAAGAUUUGCUUCUCGACGAAAGAGUGUUUUCGCCGAGACUUAUGAUCCUGAGGAGGAUGAGGAGGAGGAAGGUGUCAGGAUGGUACAUCCAAAAAGUGACGAGCAACGGCAGAGGCUGAGCGAGAGUGUGAGGAAUAUUCUGUUAUUCCGUGCACUCGAUAAGGAACAAAUGACAGAUGUUCUAGAUGCUAUGUUCGAAAAGAAUGUUGAACCCGGUGACUUUAUCAUUCGACAGGGCGACGACGGCGACAACUUUUACGUCAUCGAGAGGGGAAAGUUCGAGGUCUACGUCAAAGGUCCAACGGGAGCAGAUACCCUUAUUCACACGUAUGAUAAUGGAGGUGCAUUUGGGGAGCUUGCACUCCUCUACAAUAUGCCAAGGGCAGCUACCAUCACGGCAAUUACUAAGGGAACUCUCUGGGCCAUGGAUCGUCAGACAUUCCGACGUAUAAUACUCAAGUCUGCGUACAACAAGCGAAAGAUGUAUGAGAUUCUGCUUAAUAAAGUUCCAAUGCUCAAGUCACUCCAGAAAUAUGAACGUAUGAAUCUCGCCGAUGCACUCGUCUCGAAGCCCUUCUUCGAUGGUGAACAAAUUAUUCGACAAGGGGACACAGCUGAUGGAAUGUACUUCGUUGAAGAUGGAGUCGUCAGGAUCACCAGAAUUAACGAUAAUGGCCGUGAAGUCGAGAUAAAUCGCGUUCCCGCUGGCGGAUACUUGGGUGAGCUCGCCCUAGUCACACACAAGCCACGAGCCGCCUCAGCAUACGCCGUCGGAAAUGUCAAAUUAGCCUUUUUGGAUGUCGAGGCAUUUGAGCGUCUGCUCGGUCCCUGUAUGGAACUCAUGAAGCGUAAUAUCGAGGACUACGAGGAUCAACUGGUGAAAAUUUUCGGCAGCAAAACCGACAUCUCCGAUAUUCGAUGAAUGUAAUUCCCUCUCCAAGAGUCAUCAUUGCCGGCGUAGGGUAAUAACAAGAAAAAAAACGGUAUAGUAACAUCAUAAUAUUAAGCACAAAAGUCUUUAUCACCUGCUUAUUGAUUUAACGUAUGAAAAAAAGCCUCAUGAAGUUGUUUUUUUUUGUUUGAAAAAAGCACAUGUAAGCGAUUUCAGAACCAAAAAAUCCAUAAAAUGGGUAGAUGGAUGAUUAAUAUGCAGAGCACACUAUUCACACGUACCCUGAAUGCAAUAAUAAUGGGACAGUGAGAGUACAAUCACAUCCAUAGUUGCGUGAAAGCGCACCAUCGAAAAACUUUCUGCUUGAAAAUUCAUAACGAUUCAUAAAAGAGAAAACUUCCUAAGACUGUAAAUCAAUUGGAAAGUAUUACAGUUCUACGACUUUAUUUAAUUAUGUAGUGACAAUUUUUAGUUAAAUCCUAGUAUUUGUGAUCGAUGCUCGAGAAGAAAUAAUUUGAUUAAAUUCAUUUAAUACACGUAUUAAAAAUCCAAAAAACACGACCAACAAUCCUGUGAACGACUAUGAAAUCCAAUAAAAUAACUAUCGCAUUAUAAUUAUAAUUAUUAUAUUGUUAAUGUUAUUGUAUAGGAUUUAAUUCUAGUUCACUGUAUUAUUAUCGAUAAUUUCAUCGAGGUAUUUAUGGUGUCAUGAGGGAGAAUCGGUCAAAAGUCACGUUAAAAAUUUGAGAUACCCUAGGAGAAUCGUAACACCUGCAGGAAUUUCGAAAGUGGUUAGUUAUACAUGAGGUUGAAUGGAAUACUAAUGAUUCUCUUUUCUUCUCGAUAUUAUCGAUACGUGGGCAAUAUAAGAAAAAUUCUCAAAUUACCACAGUUCAAUUUAAGCCCAUGCAUAAGUGAAAAGUUCUAAAAUUAUUUUGAUUUUUACAAUUUUCCGGGGGUAUCGUAGAUUUUCUACACCAUUUGGAAAAAUUUCCAAGAAUUUCUUCACAAACAACAACCAAUAUUCUGAUUUUUUUUAAUUCUCCCUCAUCACGUAUUAAAUUUCUUAAAUAGAUUCUCAUCUAAAAAAAUAUUUAUUGAAUCCAAAGGGCUUUUAAAAAUUGGUUUGAAAUUCCCUGUGUUGAAGUAAUCAAUAAUCGAUAAAUGUCCUAUUAAUUUCAAGAUGGAGGGAGCUAAAUGAAAAAAAAAAAUGAACAAUUAUUGAGAGAGUUAUUAUCACUGAAUUGAAUUACCUAUCUCUCUACUCGUUGUUACGUUGGUACAAUCAUCAUUACGGAGCUUCAUAAGUAAUUAAAAGAUAUCUAACGUUAAAUAUCGAUGGAAAGAUAACAUCUCAGCAAUAGUGGAAUUAAUGUUUUGUGUGAUGUAUAUAAAUUAAGAGUGAUUAUUUAUUUAAUUGUGGAUUUGAAGUUAUCGGAAUUAACAUUUGAGAAUUAUCGGUGUGCAAGAGUCACCAAUGAAAUUGUGAAUUUAAUGAGAGUAUAUAAAGUUUAAAAUUUGAAAAUUUUACUCACCAACAUACAUUCGUGAAUGGGCAAUUUAUUCUCGUUAUAAUUCACCAAUUCACUGGUAAAUUAUUAAUCACCAUAGGAUGUUUAUGUGUUUUCCCUAGGUGAUUAGUCAACUUAUCCAGAAAUAUCAUCAGAUGAUAAAUCAUCCCUUCAACCAAUGUUCUUCCCAAUCCAUAAAAUUUUCAUCGUGAGGCCUGAAAAAAAGGUCCCAACAAUCCCUUUCCCCUUUUUCUCUUCAAUACUCCAUAUCUCCAUUUGAUCCAACAUUGGUUCAUCAAUUCACUAUUCAUUUAUUCAUCUAGCAUUGUCUGCUAUCUUUAGAUAGUUGGAGACAUGGACUAUCCCAAGGGGAGAGGCAAGGGGAUUGUUUAAACCUUCAUUCGGACCUUAAAAAUUCCACUCACGCAUUAAAAACUCAUUUAUCUCAACAACUGCAGACAUAAUCCUCUGCGUUGAAUUUCCAAACCACAAUGGGCGCUGUACAUAGCAUCCUGAUGAUAAUUUGUCAUAGCCUUAACGUAUGCAUUGUGUUGAACAACUCCCGAGUCCUGAAAGUAUUCUCCUGUUAUCAAUAAAUGAAGUGAAAAAUUUUAA